CUGUGAGACCAGCUGUGAGACCAGCUGUGAGACCGGCUGUGAGACAAGCAGUGAGACCAGCUGUGAGACCAGUUGUGAGACCAACUGUGAGACCAGCAGUGAGACCAGGUGUGAGACCAGCUGUGCGUCCAGCAGUGACACUAGCUGUGAGAGUGGCUGUGCGACCAGUUGUGAGACCAGUUGUGGGAACAGCUGAGCGACCAGCUGUGCGACCAGCUGUGAGACUAACAGUGAGACCAGCAGUGAGACCAGCAGUGAGACCAGCAGUAAGACCAGCAGUGAGACCAGGAGGGAGACCAGCUGUGAGAGCAGCUGUGAGACCAGCUCUCAUACCAGCUGUGAGACCAGCAGUGGGACCGGCUGUGAGGCCAGCUGUGAGACCAGCUGUGAGACCAGCUGUGAGACCAGCUGUGAGACCAGCUGUGAGACCAGCUGUGAGACCAGCUGUGAGACCAGCUGUGAGACCAGCUGUGAGACCAGUUGUGAGACCAGCAUUAAGUCCAGCUGUGAGACCAGCUGUGAGACAAGCUGUGAGACCAGCUGUGAGACCAGCUGUGAGACGAGCUGUGUGACCAGUUGUGAGACCAGCAAUGAGACCAGCUUUGAGACCAGCUGUGAGACCAGCAGUGAGACCAGCUGUGAGACCAGCAGUGAGACCAGCUGUGAGACUAGCUGUGAGACCAGCUGUGAGACCAGCUCUGAGACCAGCAGCAAGACCAGGUGUGCGACCAGGUGUGCGACCAGCUGUGAGACCAUCUGUGAGACCAGCGGUGCAACCAGCUGUGAGACCAGCUGUGAGACCGGCUGUGAGAACAGCUGUGAGAACAGCUGUGAGUCCAGCUGUGAGACCAGCUGUGAGACCAGCUGUGUGACCAGUUGUGAGACCAGCAAUGAGACCAGCUGUGAGACCAGCUGUGAGACCAGGAGUGAAACCAGCUUUGCUACCAGCUGUGAGACCAGCUGUGAGACCAGCUGUGAGACCAGCUGUGAGACCAGCUGUCAGACUAGCAAUGAGACUAAAUGUGAGACCAGCUGUGAGACCACCUGUGAGACCAGUUGUGAGACCAUUAGUGAGACCAGCUGUGAGACCAACACUGAGACCAACUAUGAGACCAGGAGUGAGACCAGGUGUGAGACCAGCGGUGCACCCAGCUGUGAGACCAGCUAUGAGACCAGCUGUGAGACCAGCUGUGAGAACACCUGUGCGACCAGCUGCGAGACCAGCUGCGAGACCAGCCGUGAGACCAGCUGUGAGACCAGCUGGGAGACUGGUUGUGCGACCAGCUGUGAGACCAGCUGUGGGACCCGCUUUUAGAUCAGCUGUGAGACCAGCUGUGAGACCAACAAUGAGACUAGUUGUGAGACCAACUGUGAGACGACCUUGACUUAGUUACUGCAGACAGAGAUGCACUAGCCUCUGUGAAGGCUGGGCUUAUAAGAAGACUCACUUGCAAUGACCUAGGAGAGUUGCGUCGGUAAUCUUUGCCUGCAGAUCUUCAGGGACAGAGCAGCGCGCACCAUCAUUUUUAUACAGUCACACUUGGUGCGCCAGGUCCUUCAGAGGUUCGAUCUUCAGUUCUCCUCUGCCGCACAGCUCACACCUCUGCCAGUAGUUUAUUGGCUCUCGGCUCAAGUAUUUGAGGAGUCUGUAGAGCCUAAUGGUUCUUACACAGAGCUGAUGGGUUCCCCCAUGUACCUGAUGACUUGUACUCGUCCAGAUCUCGCAUACCGUCUCAGCAUCCUGGCUCGCUUUGUAGCCACGGGCAGAUACUGACCACAGCACUGGUCGACCGUUAAGAGGGUUUUGCGUUAUUUAGCAAGUACAUUGGGCAUGAGGCUAUUGCUCGGAGGACGUAGGCCAGUGGUCCUAAUAGCGCACAUAGACGUUUCAUGGGGAGACGACGCUGAGACACUUAGGUCCUCCUUGGGCGAUUGCUUUAGCCUUGGUGCAGGCGUCAUCUCGUGGAGGUCCACUCGCUCCUCGUCUGUUGCCCAGUCUAGUUGUGAGGCGGAGAUCUGCGCUGGUGCCAUGGCGGCACAGGAGCUCCGUUGGCUAACUUUCUUGCACACAGACUUAGGUGAGUGGCCUAGCUCUGUCCUAGUCCUAUACGCUGACAACAAGGUCAUGAUCGUCCUGUGCCAGGAGACUCGACUGGAGGGCAGAGCGAAGCACAUCCAGCUGCGGUACUUUCUCCUGCGCGAGCUACAGCAGCGCCGCCAGACCCGCGUAGUUCAUUUGGCAUCUAGUGCCAACACAGCUGAUAUCUUUACGAAGGCGCUUGCGCCUUAAGGUAAUCAGUCGCACUGUGUACAAGUUGGUCUAGUUCUUGUAGCUUCUCACUUGCUAAUGUUAAAAUUAUAUAAGUUAUAAUUUUAUAUAGGCUUUGUAGGUUGUUACUGAACCUUUCUGUAGAGGGUACAAACCCCUCCUUGUACUCCUCUCUCUUCCUAAUCAUGCCUCUUCUUUCUCGUCAACUCUUCUCCUCACGCUUCUAGAUCUACUUUCCGCACGCCAUUCCAUGGCGCCCUUCCUUCCUUCCUAGCUAAGCUAGGGUCCUAAGUUUAGUUCCUAUCCUAAGCUUCUUUGACAUGGUAUCAGAGCCGGUCGUGUCCACCGGACCCUCUCCCUACGUUCCCGUUGCGUACUCCUGCUGCAUUCGCAGCCUUCGCGGUUUUCUGCCUGCCUGCCGUCGCGGCACUAAGAUGUCGCGACGGCCCCUUGUUGCCUGCCGUCGCGGCGCCAGGAUGUCGCGACGGCCCCUUGUUGCCUGCCGUCGCGGCACCAAGAUGUCGCGACGGCCCCUCGUUGCCUACCGUCGCGGCGCCAAGGUGUCGCGACGGCCCCUUGGUGCAGCCGUCGCCCGUCCGCCUCGCCGCUGCGACAUUGACGGUGCGCUGUGGCGGCGUCUACGGCAGCCGACGGCAUCGUCGGGCUGCGGCCGGCCGAGCGACGUCUGUGGCGUCGCCGGGCCUGCCGCCCGCUCGCCAGCCACGGGCGUCCCUCAGGACGACGUCCUCCCGCCACUGCUGUCUUCUGCCCGGACGUUGCCACAUCGCCGAGAGCCCUCAGCCGCGGCGGUCGCUGCCUGUUAUCAGCGACCCAGCCGCCUUGAGCCAGAGCUCCGCCGCUGCUUGUCGCUGACCCGCCCAGACGCCGUAGGCUGCCUCGUAGGGUACAAACCCCUCCUUGUACUCCUCUCUCUUCCUAAUCAUGCCUCUUCUUUCUCGUCAACUCUUCUCCUCACGCUCCUAGAUCUACUUUCCGCA